UUCGUAUUAUUUAUGUUAUCAAAGUCUCUCUAAACGUCCACCCCAAAUGCUCUCGGUCGCUAUUACCAGCGAGAGUAGUCACAUCUGUGUAUUCAGGGAAAUCAGUUCGUAAAAUUCCAUUCUCCGAUUUCUAUUUUCAGGAGAAUUUUCUCAAUGGCUUCAAAUCAACCAGUUUUUAUCAGUGAGGAUGAAUUAAGAGCGUUCACAAAUUGGACAGAGAUUUUACAUGCACUGGAACAAGCGUUCCUGUCAGUGUCCAAUACAGACAAAUCAGGUGGUUACCCAUACAGUUCCCAACCUGCGCGAACGUUCGUCCAUGCCGGUGCAGGUGUACUCCUUUGCAUGCCAGGAUUUGUUGGAAAUCAUAGAGUCUUUAAGGCAGACCCAAGUGCUACAACCUCUUCGACUCUAGCAUGCAAACUGAUCACAAGCUUUGGGGACAAUCCUAAUCGCCGCCCACCCCUGCCGGACAUCAAUGGAAACAUAUUUCUUUUCGACGACAUCACCGGAAAACUGCAGGCCACUUUGGAAGCUAAUUACAUUACUGGUUUGAGAACAGCUGCAGCAUCCAUCGUAGCCACGGAACAGGUUUUCUUGUCAAGAAUUCCCAACGCAUCAAAUCUGGUGCUUGGUAUCAUUGGAACAGGAACGCAGGGCGAGUAUCAUGCGAUUGGGUUUUUGAACACUCAUAAGUUCUCCAAAAUCAAGUUAUGGAAUCGAACGAAAGCUCGUAGCGAAAAGUUAAUGGAAAAGCUCCGCAACUUGGCACCCAGCACUAUUAACUCGGGUGUUAAAGUCGCAGUUUAUGACUCAGUCGAAGAAUGCUGCAAAGAUUGUGAUAUAAUUGUGACUGCCACAAGUACUUCAUCUCCUUUGGUUUUUAAACGCUUCCUCAAACCAAAUGUACACAUCAAUACCGUCGGAGCAGGUCGUUCGCACCAUGCUGAGUUAGCUCAGGAUAUCUAUGAUGAGUGCAAUGUGUUUAUCGAUUACUCGAUAGGUGCAAAAGUUGAGUUGGCAAAUUUGAGGUCCACCAUCGUCGGCGAAAUAGGGGAGGUCAUCUUGGGAACGAAAACAGCCCCAGCCGGUGGCAUUAGCGUUUUUCAGUCAAUUGGAAUGGCUACAGAAGAUGUGACUGUUGGUAGGUUCUUUUAUGAGAAGUACAAACAAUCAAAAGGCAUGUAACUGACUUUAUAGAAUGUUAUUUUGAAUAAAAAAAAAUUAUAACUAAUGAGACGAGGUAUUACUUCUG